AUGACUGGAAGUGACUCAUCAAUGUGUGAUCUUGAAGUUAAAUCAUCAUUAUCAUUGACAAGUCACUUACAUGAAUAUCAAAGAAAUCCAUUAUUUCACAUUAAUACCACUACUAUUACUACUACUACUACUGCUACUACUACCAUUAAUAAUCAUAUUAACACAACUCCUAUUAAUAAUUAUCAACAUCAAAAUGACACAAUGUAUGACAAUAAUAAUGAUAAUGAUGUGAAAAUCAAGUCAUCUAUGAAUGAUCGUAUUAGUGACAAUACUAUAAAUGAUACACAUUCUACCACUGUUGUACACGAGGAGAAUGAAAAUCCUAGAAAAUCAAUACAUUUGACGAAUGCAUCAAGUUUAGAAGGUUUAACAUCAACUGUCGGUAGUAACAGUAAUUUUCAAGCAAUGUCUGGAAAUACAGUUCCAUUUCUACCGAUUUCCGCUACACAUGAUGGCCGUUAUGAAUGGCCACCUUCAAUGAGGAAUUCAUCAGCUAAUACUGAUCGAUUCAUUCAAGGAAUUAAUACAAACACUGAUACCAGGCAAGACGAUUUCAGAAAUCAACUAAUAAGUAAUAACAGUAAUAAUUAUAAUUUCAAAUCCGCACCUCCUACCAACAAUACGGCAGAUGAUGAAAUUAAUCAAACGAACCAUCAUAAUUUGCCACCAUUCGCAAAUGAAAAACUGUUGGAUUCUGUACGGUCUAAAAAUGCUAGCAAUACUAAUAGUAGUAACAAAGUGGAAUGUUCUUCUCCAGAUGCUAAUAUGGUUGCAGCCGUUGCAUUCAAUGCUGUCCGUAGAUGGUUUACUAAUUCAUCAACAUUAACUAAUUCAGAUAACACAAUGAAAUCAGUAUGGAACGAAAAUAUGAGAACAGGAAAUUCUGGUACAAAUUCAAUUGGUUUCAUGCAUCAAUCGAAUAUAUUACCUUAUGCAUCAUUAAAUUCUCGUUUACAACAUCCAUUACCACCUCCACCUUUAGUUUUGAACUCAACUGUCGGUAAUACAACCACACAAAAUUCAACAUAUAAUAAUUAUGGAAUGUUUAUGCAUCGUGGACAUCAUAGUAGUGGAUACGUUCCAAAUCAUACAGCCCCAAUGUUGCGUGGGGGUAAGAAACGGUCUCAUUCCCAAUCAUCUGUAAAUGAAUUAUUUGAUAUAUCGAGUUUAACGAGAAGUUCACAAGGUUCAUUAAAUAUCAUGCAAUCUAUACGUGGUUCACAUAGUAUGGGACCAAGUGCUGAAGGUUCAUAUGGUCAUUUAUCUGCUGCUUCACUUGGUGCAAGUCCUGGCGCUUCAUGUGAUAUUCGUCGUACACUAAGCAGUAAUGGCAACUCUUCACAUACUGCUCCACCAGCUCCAUUUAGUGAGAGAUCGCCAUUCUGGUCACCUAAUUCACCACAUUCAACAGGUAGUGGGUUUGAUAAUUAUCAAACGUCUUCACACAAAUCUUUACCGUUACCGUCAACUUUACAAACAUAUCAACAACAUUCCGGAUAUACAUCUACAAGUGGUAGUAGUAGUAAUCGUUCAGCUAGUUGUUUAAACCGUGCACCUUUUGGACAUCUUGCGGUUUUAUCUUCAUCAAAUUCAUUAAAUAAACAGUUACAACAACAAUCGGAUUCUAAUUCUCUGUUCAAUUGUUCAAUAGAUGUUCCGAAGAAACUGACAACUAAUUCUUCUAAUAUGAUAUUACCAUCAUGUAGAACAUUAGGAUUGUCUACCGACAGUGUUACAGCAUCUUCAUCAGAAAUAACGAAAAAUUGUACUAAUAAUGUUUUACAAUCAGCAAUGGCCUUCGCUGCAGUUGCGGUUGCAGCUGCAGCAGCCUCUUCCACAACCUCUAGCAUAACAGAGAGAGAAAAUUCAUCUUUACUGAAUAAACAUGUAUUAGAGAAUACUUUUCAUCGUGAAUGUAGAAAUCAUAGUUUACAUCAGCAUCCAUCAAGUGAAUGUGAGUCCUGUUCAUCGACACAUACCAUUGGCAAUAACAAUAACAAACUAAAUGAAUCAAUCAAUUCUGUGUAUAAUAAUCUAGUUCCUUCAUGCUUUAUGAAACCACCUUCUUCUGUUACCAUUAAAAGUUCUGUUACUACCACUGACAAUAAUAACAGUAGUACUAAUAUUCUUUCAAAUCAUCUCUCAACAGACAGUCGAAAUAUAUCUUUAAAUAAGUUACAGUGUUAUAAUAACGAUUCCAAUACUAAUGAUGCUUGCAUGGAUGCAACUAAUAAUGAAAAUAUCCAACAAGGAGUAUUGAGAAAAACCAUAUCCUCUACUCCUUCACAUUUUCAAUUAUCUUCUAAUUAUUCUUCUACAAUUUAUAAUCAAUUAACUCAUAACAAUUUCAGUAAUAAAUCUACUACUGUUGUGAAUAAUGAUAACGACUUUAAUAAUUGUAGUAAUAUGCCUUCAUCAUUUACAAAUCCUUUACAUUGGCCAUUUGAGUCAAUACCUACACCUGACUGGUCACAUACAUGGCUUAACAAUAAUAACAAUAAUACUAAUAAUAAUAUAAGAUGUCAAAUCAAUCCAAAUGAGACAAUUCGAAGAAAUGGACGAGUAAAAAUUGGACAAAUUGAUUUAAAUUCAACGGUAUUAUCCAAAAGUGAAAUGUCUAAAUUAUUAAUGAAUGAUAACAAUAAUAAUAAUCAUCAUUUAUUUGGUAAAGGUAAUAAUCUUUUAUGUCCAACAUUAACAAAAGACUUAUUAAAACAACAUUGUGCAUUAAAUAACUCUAAUAUUAGUAACAUUAACAAUAGUUUAUCAAAUCAACAAUCUUCACAAAGAAAACAAAUUGAUGGCACAUUGAAUCAAAUGCGUAGUAUUAAAAAUUUUAAUCGUACUUGUCGUACAACCCCAGUAUUAGAGACAAUAACACCAGGAAUAACCACAUCAAUAACAGAGACAUCAGUAGUUGCAUCAUCAUCAACAACAGCUGCAACAUCAACUACAACAGGAGUAUUUAAACAAAAAACAAUUGAACAUUCAAAUAAAUGGCAAAAUCAAAAUAUAUUUAAUAGUCGUAAGAAUUCAACACGUGAUUCUAGUAAUAAUAAUAUUAAUAGUGGAGUUGGACAUUGUUCAGUUGAUGAACCAGAUGUAGAUGAAGAUGAAGAACUAGAUGAUGAUGGACGUGUACCACAAGAAGGUGAUCCAGAUUUUGUUGAAACAACAUGUCGAUGGGGUGAUUGUACAUUACAGUUUGAUGAUCAAGAUGAAUUAGUGAAACAUCUUAGUACGGAGCAUAUUGCAGGAAAUAAAAAAAGUUUCGUUUGUUUAUGGCGAGAAUGUGUUCGUGGAACUAGACCAUUUAAGGCUCAAUAUAUGCUUGUUGUACAUAUGCGUAGACAUACAGGCGAAAAACCACAUAAGUGUAUAUUUGAAGGUUGUACAAAGCGUUAUUCUCGUUUGGAAAAUUUAAAAACUCAUCUUCGAUCACAUACUGGAGAAAAACCUUAUCAAUGUGAAAUUCCCGGUUGUAAUAAAGCAUUUAGUAAUGCUUCAGAUAGAGCUAAACAUCAGAAUAGAACGCAUAGUAAUGAAAAACCCUAUACAUGUAAAGUUGAUGGUUGUUCAAAACGAUACACAGAUCCAAGUUCUCUACGAAAACAUGUAAAAACUGUUCAUGGUGCUGAAGUCUAUGCAAAUAAAAAGCAUAAAGGUGAAAGUUGGAGUGAUCGACCUUGUGGUGGGUCUGGUUUUGGCGGAGGGCAUUUAUUUGGCAACAGUAAUCCAGGUAAUAACAACAAUAGUUAUCCUUCUCAAGAUAAACGAUCCAAUGGUUCAAUGCCUGGUACACGUGGAAGAUUUGGUCCUCGCGGAAUGAAUGAUAACGGUAACAUAUUUCAUCGUGGAGCCUAUUCAGAUCGAGAGCAACGCCCUUCUUCAUCGUCAAAUCCAAGAGAUGGUUGUUUAGCUUGUCUUACUAAUCCAGUUCAUACAACUACAAUACAUCCUGUAGAAAUCAAUAGCGAAAGCAUUAUCACAGAAUAUCCUAAUCAAGAUUUAUCGAAGUUGACAAGAUCCAGUAUAGAAGAGUCUGGUAGAAAUACUUCACAUAAUAUGAAUUGGUAUUUACCUGAAACUGAUAAUCAAAAUGUACACUCUAGUGUUUUAAUGAUGACAUCAUCACCGGCAGUAUACAAUACAAGAAAUGAUUAUUUCCCUAGUUUGAAAUGUGAACAUUCCAUUUAUCCAAAUUAUUUUAGUUUUGCGCGAAAUAUGAUUCAUACUGAAGAUACAAAUCAAAAUGAUAAUAAUAACAAUAAUAAUUUGGCUUUAUCUUGGACAUCACCAACAACACCAUCACCAUGUGAUAACUUAUAUUUAAAUCAAAAAGUUAAUCCAUCUAUAACAUUACAACCUUUAUCGACCAUAUCAAAUCCUAUUCAAUCAUUAUCACUAUCAAAAGACAAUUCAAAUAACUUAACAAGUAUGAAACAGAAAAAUCUUAUCUCAACUGUUAACGAAUCAGUGACUAUGAUAAGAAAUGAAAAUUGUGAUCAAUCAAUACCAGUAUGUACUUAUGGAACAUCAGAGGAUUUGGUAAAAGAUUUCAAAAAAUCAUUAAAAACUGAAGAUAAUAAUUUAAUAUGGAAUUGGAAAUAUUCACAACCGUCAAUUGAUGAAAUCAAUAAAGAUCAUUGUAAUAAAAAGCAUUCCAUUUUACAAUUUGAUGAUCAAGAUAUGAAAAAGCCAUUACCUGAAUAUUUACCAACAUCAUUAGAAUCUCAAUCAAAUACUCAAUUCACAUUAAAUUUAAAUGAUCAACCAAUGAAUUCAUUAACUAGAUCAAUUAAUCAUGAUCAUUUCAAUGAGAUCUCAACUAAUUUUAAUGAAACAUAUCGUGAAAAUAAUUUACAAUUUAAUUUCCCUUUAAAAUGGAAAAUUGAAGAUACAUUAGCUUAUUCAAAAAAUGCGGACAAUGGUAGUCAGAUAAAUAAUAAUAAUAAUAAUAAUAAUAAUAAUAAUAAUAAUAAUAAUAAUAAUAAUAAUAAUAAUAAUAAUGAAUUAGAUGAAGAAAAUUCUCCUCAAUCAAAUCAAAAUGAAUGUAUUUCCAAAAUACCAUUAUUAUUGAAUAAUCAUUAUAUGGAAGAUGUGACAGAGCAAAAAUCUCAAUUCUGUUUAAUAGAAUGUUCAACUCGAUUAAGAUCAAUACAAGAUAUUUGUUCACCUAAUGAUAUAUGGGAUUCAGAGAGUGCAGCUGCGUCAUCCGGUAUUGGGUCAGGUGUAACAACUACCACAGCGUCAGAUAACAGUAAUCCUACCGCUCAGAAUAAUCAUCACCAACAACAGCAACCGAAACACUUUCAUCAACAUCAAAACCGAACAAAGUCCAUAAAUUCAGACAAUAACUAUUCAAAUCAAGAUAAUGUUAGUACUAUAGAUAAUAAUGAAACAUUUGUUAAUAAUGAAAGUAUCAAAAGUGACCUUGGCUCUAUUGAUCGAUCCUCUUUAUUUGGAACACCAAGAACAGAUUCAAAUUCUACUGGUUGUUCAUAUGAAAGAACAUUUAAUCCACAAAUAAAUCCUAAGAAUGAUAGUUUAAUACACUCUUCAUGUACUUGUAUACAAAAGCAACAAAAAAGAGACAAUUCACAAUCUACUUGUUGUUAUCAUCUAAAUUAUCAUGAUCAAUUGGUAGAUGGGAAUAUAUCCUCUCAAUUAGAUUCAGAACAACUUAGUGCAACAAGUUCUCAAGUAAGCAGUGGAGUUGGUUCAAUGACUUCGUCAAAUGCUGGUAGUGGUUGUAAUUGUACCGGUACAGGAUUAAACAAUACAAAUAUAAAUGUUUUGGAUCAUGCCAGUAGUAAUGUUAGUGGCAAUAUCUGUGUUAAUAGAUUACCUAGAUUUGUUCAAGGUGACAAUUCAUCUAAAUUAACUAAUGAUUAUCCAAAUAACUCACAAGUAUUCAAUCAAGAUGAUAAUAACAUAUCAAAGAUGUGGAGAAAGUAUUAUAAAUCAUAUGGUUAUUGUUCACCGUGUAACAACCAAUGUGAAACGUUUUAUCCUGAAAUAUUCAAUUCUGAGACGGAGUGUUAUUCAAAUACACCAGCAACUGUAUUAAAUGGUCUCUCUUCUACUGUUUCUCCUGUUCCGCCUUCCAUUUCAACAUAUCAAUACCACCAUAAUCCUCAUCUUCAUCAUAAUCAUCAUCAUCAUCAUCCUCAUCAUCAUCAUCAUCAGCAGCAGCAGCAACGUCCUUCACAAAAUAACCUCGACAUAGUUAUGUCAAGUUCAAAUCAUAAUAAUGAUGAAAUGCACUUUUCUCCUCACAGUUAUGUUCAUUCAAGUUCAUCUAAUUCAUCACCAUUCAAUUCAAACCGUCCACAUUCUGUUGAGACAUUUUCGCAUAAUAAUUUAACGAACAAUAGUUUACUUGACCAUAGACGAUAUACACAUACUUCAUUAUCUACUAGAAAUAACAAUCAUGUUAAUGAAAUGAAUAAUACUAUAAAUCAAACUAAUCCAAGGCAUCCACACAAUAUAUGUCUUUCUUCUAUCAAUAAUAAUAAUCAAUGUGAUAUGAAUAGUAAUAUGAUUUUGAAGAGACAUUCUAUUACUGAUGAUCGAUGUCAUGUAAAUGGAACAUGGUUUACUAAUGCAAAUAAUGGUAAUGAUAAUAAUUAUUAUUGGUCACAUCCAUAUUAUGCUAAUCAACCGUCCAUAGGACAUCAAAUUCCUAAUUGGUUAAAUAAAUCUGUAUUAACAUCAUCAUCAUCAUUAACAUCGACAUCAUUAACAGAAGCUAUAAGAACACACAAUUCAUCAGAUAGUUUAUGUGUAACAUCAAGAUUUAAUGAUUCAAUAAACUAUUAUCAAGAAUAUCCUAAUUGUUGUCAACCAACAAUAAAUUCAUUUCAAAUAAAUCAUUCUUCAUUAUCCUCAACUAUAUCUACAAAACCUUCUGUAAAACAACACUCUAAAUUAUCUUGGACAACAGAUGAUAAUUAUUCAGAAUAUCUUAAUUCAAAUCAUUUACAAAAUUCAUAUAUUCAAUCGAAUUGUUUGGUUAACAUUAAUCAUUCUAGUAAUAAUGACAAUUUAAUUGAAAUAGAUCAUAAUAAUCGAACAAAUAUUCAAGGAAAUUGUAAUUCUGAAUUAAACUGUUGUUAUACAAAUUUUCAUAAUAAUACUACACAAUUGGAAAAUAUGAAUCAUAUAAAUACUAAUCCAUUAUUCAUUUCAUUAACUUCAUCUCAACCAUUUUUGAUUAAUUCAUUCAAUACAACAUCAAUAACAACAACAUCUGAACAAACUCCUUAUUCAUCUUAUCAUUUAACUUUAAAUUCAAAUAGAGUUCAUCAAAUAAAUCAAAGAGAUGUUGAACAAAUAAAUAAAAUGAAGAAUUUACAUUCAACUAAUCAACUAUCCACAAUAGCUUCAGUGACAGCUUCUGCAACAACAACAACAACCACAACAACAGCAACAACGUCUACAGUCAGUAGUUAUCAGAAUUUAAAAGAAAGGGAAGUAUACAAUUUCCCCGUACCAAAUUCUCUUCAUACAUAUAUUAAUCCACUUCAUUCAUCUAGUUCAUUGUACAGUUCUUUCUUACAAUCAGUUUUUGAAGAACCAACAUUCACAUCAUCAUCACCAUCAUCAUCAUCAUCAUCGUCAUCAUCGACAUCAUCAUCACCAUCUCCAUCCUUAUUAUUAUCAUCGUCAUCAUCAACUCAUUUCGGUCAUUUUAAUCAACUAUUUGUAAAUGCUGAUCCUAUAAGUAAUAAUCUAGUUGUCUGUAAUAUGUCAACUAUGGAUACAGAUUGUAUACCACUUCAUUCAUCUAAUUAAAAAUAAACUGUAUAGUUAUUUCAGUAAAAGUGUGAUAAUACAAUAUAUCAAUUAUGAUUACAAUCAUUUUCUUCUUGUUGAUAUAUUGAUGAAAACUGGUGAAAAAUGGAAUCAUCCUUCUAUUUCUUAUUUACUUUCUUUCAAUUUUACAUUUCUUUUGCUGUGAGUUAUCAAUGAUAAAGUUUUGUGUUUUUGCAAACUAGUCAGUAUAGUUUGUAGCAUUUUAUUGUUGUUGUUGGUUUGUUAUUAUUUCAUAUACUUUAAUAGUAUCAGAAUUAAAUUAAACUAUACUCUCUUUAAUAACUGUAUAUUAUUAAAAUUGAAGCCGGUGUCAUUUUCACACCUUUAUUCAUACUAAUUGUAUUAUCCGUGGAAGGAAAUAAGAGCGCCACUUUUUUUCCAUUUUUUUUUGUUUUUAAUUUCUAAGCAUUAUUUAUUACUUGUUUUUAUCACUCAUAGAUACUUUAUUAUCGUCUGAAAAUUAGCUUUUAAAUAAUUGAAGAGAAUAAAAAGCACAUGUAUUUAUUCAAUGUGUCGUUUAUUCUGUUGUUGUUCCUGUUGUUCUUGUUUAUAUUACUUCUUUUUUCACCUACUUGUAUAUCCGGUCAUUGAAACAUAUUGACUUUUGAAUUUCGAUUGUUUUUAUUUCAAAAUUUUCAUGGCUUUUCGUUUCUUUCUUUCUUUAUUUUUUUCCAAAUGGGAAACACUCAAAAUAUACAUCUGGCUAAUUAUCUAUCAUAACUGGUUAUUUAAUUAAGUUAUUCAUUCAUCAGUUUACUUUAAUCAUCUAUUCAAAAGUUUACAUUGAAAAUAACACGGGAAAACUAAAGUUUAAACAAACAAACAAACAAGAAAUAAUAAUCAUCAAGAAAUAAUAGUUACUAUACUGAAUUGAAACCAGAAUUUGUUUUUUUUGUCAUUCAAAUCAUUUGUAAUUAUAAAUUUAUUUUUCAAGUUUAAUAUUUCUGUUUUCUUUCUAAAAUUU